AUGGCUGUCGUCAGUGGCUAUGUGUGCGCACUCGUAGGUGUGUGCUCUGACCUAUGUGCCCGCCUGGUGGGAAGUGUGUGUGUAAGGCGAGGGUAUCAUCUUUGGUUGGCAGCACUUGUCAGUCUGACACCCAUCUUGCAGGGACUCAGUAACCCACGAAGCAUCUUCUCCAACAGCAACAACUUCUUCAAUGUGUGAGUAUAUCCUCUACGCAGGGAAAGGUAGGUGUGAAAUGGAGCAAUAACUAUAUGGGCAGCCAUAGUCUGAAUCAGUGACUACCAAGUGAGAGUAGCUAUGCCUCAAAAUAAUGCCAUAUUAUUGAACUGAUAAUACGUGUUGAAAUGCUGAAUGGAAGUUAGAAUGCCUGUUAUUCUGUUGUGUUUAUUGAGUAUCUGGAAAUGCUUUUUACAGGAGCAUUUACCUGUUUUCUGUUAAUUGCAUACUGAAAUAAGAAAGUUACAGCUUCCGGCAUCUUACUGGAGCUUUCUGUUGCAUUUGCAAUGGACCAUUAUUUGAAUCUUACCCUAUGCCUGCACAAUUUUUAGUGUGGAUAUUAUAAUAGGUGCACUACGUAGCUUUAAAUAAAUAACUCUACGGCAUAUAAAACUAAUAUGUUAAAAACUGUACUCUUUUUAUUGUGUCCAAAUCCUGCCCAGCAUGUUCUUGCUCCAUGUUUAGCCACCAAUCUUAGCCCUUGUGUAUACCCUUCUUAUCCAUCUCUGUUCUACAGAUAUCAGUGUAACUAACCUCUUCUUGUGUUCAUUCACACACUGUCGUCCUUCCAAGAAUACCCUGAGUUGGACUGCUGUACAAAGGAACUCUGUGUCUGGCUUCCUGUUUUUCUAAUGCCCCAUAGCUCCUCAUCCUCUUAGUGUAAUUUGGCAUACUAUGCCUGUUGAACUUCUAUGUCCUAAACUUCCCAGUAAAUUUGCAGAACUUAUCUGCUGAGUAUAAACUGUGUGAAAUCCACAAAAAUGUAUACUGAGAGGAUUAUACCAGUCUCUAUAUCCAGCCAAUUUCACAAUUUUUUUCCAUUGAAAGUUGUGUUCAAGUAGAGAGCAUUGUUGGUCAUUCAUAGUAUACACAGUUCUCCUGAUUUGUAUUUCACUACGCAUUGUGCAUCCCUUUCAAUUAACCACUUAGUGUAUUACCUAUUAAUUAACCACUAAGUGUACCACCGUAAAGGUAUUCUAAUUCCCGUGACAACAUAAUAAUGUUCUUAACUUUGCAUCUUUUCUCCCAUUGGGCGACACUACACACAUUGCAAAUACAGUGUUCUGUAUAUUUGUGUUGCAGUAUAUUAUAUGUACUCAAUACAUAUUAUGUGAACUACUCACAGUUUUGUAUCCUCUGAAAUCACAGUCUCUUAUGCUCAUCCCCAGCUGUUUAAUUGCUUUAUAACUCAAACGCAUUGUGAAUACGGCUAUCCCUAAAGGCCAUCAUGCAAUGUGCUUACUAACUGUAUAAUGCUUUUAACAUAGGCCAUCACCCAGUGUAUACAAUUACUGUGUAGCUAUAACUAUAGGUCCAUCACCCAGCACUCACUCAUUCUGUAUGUUUACUGUUAACUAUUAUAGGACAUCACCCAGUAUAACUACUUACCAAGUAUCUUACUAUCAUUAUAGACCAUUAUCAGUGCACCCAUUCACUCUGUAUGCUGCUAUCAGCACAGGCCACUACCCAAAGUGCCCACUCACUCUGUAUACUGCUCUCAUUAUAGACCAUCACCCUGUGUGCCUACUCAAUCUGUACACUGCUAUCAUUAAAUACCAUUACCCAGUGUACCCAUUCACUGUGUAUAUUGCUAUCAUUAUAUACCAUCACCCAGUGUACCCACUCACUCUGUAUUCUGCUAUCAUUAUGAACCAUCACCCAGUGUACCCAUUCACUCUGUAUACUGUUAUCAUUAUAGCCCAUCACCCAGUGUACCCACUCACUCUGUAUACAGCUAUCAUUAUAGAACAUCAUUCUGUGUACCCAUUUACUCUGUGUACUCCAAUCAUUAUGAACCAUCACCCAGUGUACCCAGUCACUCUGUAUACUGCUAUAAGUACAGGCUAUCACCCAGUGUACCCACUCACUCUGUAUACAGCUAUCAUUAUAGAACAUCAUUCUGUGUACCCAUUUACUCUGUGUACUCCUAUCAUUAUGAACCAUCACCCAGUGUACCCACUCACUCUGUAUACAGCUAUCAUUAUGAACCAUCACCCAGUGUACCCAGUCACUCUGUAUACUGCUAUAAGUACAGGCUAUCACCCAGUGUACCCACUCACUCUGUAUACUGCUAUAAUUAUAGACCAUAACCCAGUGUACCCAUUCACUCUGUAUACUGCUAUAAGUACAGGCUAUCACCCAGUGUACCCACUCACUCUGUAUACUGCUAUCAUUAUAGACCAUCACCUAGUGUACCCACUCACUCUGUAUACUGCUAUCAUUAUAGACCAAUGGUUCCCAACCCAGUUGUGUCUAAGGUGUUUUUAGAAAAGAAAAAAAAACACUUUAGACAAUCCUGGACUGGUAGGGGGUACUUGAGGACUGGGUUGGGAACCCCUCUUAUAGACCAUCACCCAGUGUACCCAUUCAAUUUGUAUAAUGCUACCCCAGUGUACACAUUUAUUCUGUAUAUUGCAAUCAGUACACACCAUCACCUAGUGUACCCACUCACUCUACGUACUACUAUCCGGUAUACGUUUCAUCCACUGACUACUUACUUUAUAAUUCUAAUUAAAGAGACACUAAAUACCCAAACAACUUUAGCUUAAUGGGGCAGUUUUGGUGUACAGAGCAUGUCACUACAGUCUGACUGAAGAAACACAGAAUGAUUAAGAAACUGCUGAUUUAUCUGUUAUUUAGGCGUUAAAUCGAUUUUGUUUCUGUUUAUGGAGCCGUAGCCACACCUUCCUUGGUUGUGACUCAUAUUGCCUCCAGGAAAAAUUGUUUUUUUUUUUAAAUCAGAUCUUAAAGUACAAUGUGCAGGUUCUAGCAGGCUAUUAACAGAGCCAGAAAUAAGAUAUGGUAAAUUAAACAGACUGUGCAAUAAAGGAAGUCUAAAAAUUAGAACUCUCUUCACAGAACGUGUGUAGGGAGGCUGUGUAAGUCACAGACAGGGCUGUAUAAACAAAGUGAUUUAACUUCUAAGUGGUAGAGAAUUAAGCAGUGAUACACUAAAACCACUUCCUUAAGAUAAUGCUGUUUUGAUGCUUAGAGUGUCUAUUUAAAUGCUUAUCCUCAGUCUGUUAACACAGUGUGUGCUAAUAUCACUCUAUGUAUAGCAUGUUUUCUUCUUUUCUCAUAUGCCAAAAAACUGCCGCAAACUGCCAUUUCAGCAAUUUGCCGUGUGUGUUGGGAAUGAGGCCUGUAUAUUUAGAGGCAAUGUAACUAGAGGCAGUGUGCCAAGCUAUGCGGAGAGAUAUUUUUAAAGGAAAAUUUCACAGUAAUCAACUUGGACUCAACAAAAGAGGUAAAUGCAGACAAUUAGAAUAAUAUGAUUUAAUCUAUAAUCUUAAAUCACAAUAAAAUCGUCUUUUGCUAAGCUCCCAUUAGUGCUCUGCAAAUUUAAAAUUUUAACCUUGUAAAAAUAUAUAUCUCUUUAUUAUGUUUACACUGAUCAGCCACAACAUUAAAACCCAUGCCUAAUAUCGUGUAGGUCGCACUUGUGCUGCCAAAACUGCUCUGAUGCAUCGAGGCAUGGUCUCCUCAAGACCUCUGAACAUGUCCUGUGGUGUCUGGCACUUAGACAAUAGCAGCAGAUCCUCUAAGUCCUGCAGGUUGUGAGGUAGUGUUUGUAUUGAUUAGAUUUGUUCCAGCACAUCCCACAGAUGCUCAAUAAUAUUGAGAUCAUGGGAAUUUGGAGGCCAAGGCAACACCUUGAACUCACUGUCAUGUACCUUAAACCUUUCCUGAACAAUUUGGUGGUGUGGCAGUUUGCAUUAUCCUGCUGAAUGAGACCUCUGCCAUUAAGGAACACCAUUGCCAUGAAGGGGUGUACGUAGUCUGCAAUAAUCUCUAGGUGGUACGUGUAAAAGUAACAUUCCACAUGAAUGCCAGGACCCAAGGUUUCCCAGCAGAACAUUGUUCAGAGCAUAACGCCUGUGUUGGCCGCCUUCCUAUAGUGCAAUUUGCUGCCAUCUCUUCCCAAGGUAAACAAUGCACACACCUGGCCAUCCACCUGAUCAAAAAGAAAAGGUGAUUCAUCAGACCAGGCAACCUUCUUCCAUUGCUCCAUGGUCCAGUUCUGACUCACGUCCCCAUUGAAGAUGCUUUUGGCUGUGGGCAGGUGUCAUCAUGGGCUCUCUAACCGGUCUGCGGCUAUGCAGUCCAUACGUAGCAAACUGUGAUGCACUGUGUGUUCUGACAUCUAUCAGGGCGCUUUUGGAGAUGGUGUGACCAUUGAAAUCAAGAAUGGACUGUUCAUUUGCUGCCUAAUAUUUCCCACCCCUUGACAAGUGCCAUUAUAACAAUAUAAUCAAUGUUAUUCACUUCAUCUGUCAGUUCUAGUGAUGUCCCGAACGGUUCGCCGAACGGUUCGCCACGGACAGCGAACAUAUGCGGUAAACUUUGCCCCCGUACCUCACAGUCAGCAAACACAUUCCAGCCAAACAGCAGCAGACCCUCCCUCCCAGACCCUCCCACCUCCUGGACAGCAUCCAUUUUACAUUCUUAGUGAGCUGUUCAGGAGGUGGGAGGGUCUGGGAGGGAGGGUCUGCUGCUGAUUGGCUGGAAUGUGUCUGCUGACUGUGAGGUACAGGGUCAAAGUUUACCGCAUAUGUUCGCCGUCUGCGGCAAACCGUUCGGCGAACCGUUCGGGACAUUACUAGUCAGUUGUUUUAAUGUUGUGGCUUAUCAGAGUAUUUGUGUGUCUCCUCGUUCUCCUUUGUACUCUUAUGACUCUCCUAUUAUUUGUCUUUACCCUCCCAAUUUUUAGUUUGUCCUGUUUGUCAAUAUUAUUUAGAGGGUUCCUUACAAUAGUAAGAAUUCUAACUGAAUUUAAAAUUUAAAGGGAUAACAUUGCUACAGUAAAAAUAGUAAUGUUAACAAAGGUAGAAUAUAUGAGCUGGACAAUCUUUCAAGGUUCGGGCAGUACCUGAAGGUUGCAGAGAGAAAAGAAAUGAAGAGUCUGGGUUUUGCUUGUAAGACUGUGUUUGUAGAUUAAGGCCUAAUAAAUGUACAUACAGAAAUAGGUAGGGGACAUGUUUUUAUCAAGAAUAUAAUUAAUUAUAUGUAAUUUCUUGUUCAGAGUUUUAGAAUUUCAUUGUGUGAAUAAAGCUGAGUUGAAGAUAUUUGUUUAUAGCAGAGUAUGACAGGGAAUGAGGUGUGAAAAUCCUACUUAAGUUGAAACUACUUGAUAUCACAUUGCACCAUAAGGAGAUAUGGCUUUUAAGAAAUUAGACCUAGAAUUUUCUCGGUCCUUGCUCCAAAUAUAUACUUCCAAGUUCCACAUUAGGGUAAUUGUGUGUAAAUUGGCCAUUGAUGUGUGAAAGGAGGUACCAUACCUCCUGAAAACAUAAGCUAAAUAAAAGUGUUGCCUCAAGUGGGAAUGUUUUCUUAUGUAUACUUGAUUUCUUAUUGUGAACUUUUUAUUCUGCUAAUUUACAAUACAAAAAAUUAAAAAUUUAUGCAAAAUUGGGAAAAAAAAAUUGGAAAAACUCAGCUUUUUUUCCCAGCAUGGUUUUUUUUUUUUGGUGGUGUAUAUAUUGCAAUUCCCUUGUUGCUUCUCCACAAUUCCCGAACAAUCACCUAGGGAUUGGAAAAUAUUGUUUUCCUGGAUCUCUAAAAUGGUGUCUUCCUUUUCUCUCAUUAGGAGCUGAAAGUACAGGUUUAUCAAGGUAAAGCAGGGGCUAUUCUGGAUGCAAAGUAAUGCAUGUUGAAACAUUCUGUUGGUUUUCAUGGUGAUUGGUCCUUAUUUAGCAAGUUCCCCAGAACAGAAUCUGGUUUUGCUUUGAUAAAUCUUUAGUUUAAUUCUGUGAGGGUCUUACACUGUAAAUAUGUGUGUUUUUUUUUCAGUUUUAUAGUUUAACUCAUAGUCUAUUUCCUAAUCAUUAUUGUCACACUAUAGUUUCAUUCUCACUGUCCCACCAAACACGCAAUUGCUGGCUCAUACUCUGUUUCUGUAGAUGCAAUGGCUAAAUCACUUACUUUUCUUUAAUCACACGUGUGGUUUUGCAGGGUAUGGUUUAGUGCGUGCUAAAAUAUCAAAUACAUACAGAGUGCUCUCACUACAUGCAAACAAAAAACCCUCCAGAAUGGCUCAAUCUUGCAUGCAAAUUUAUUUUGUGUCUUACAAGCUUGCACUUUAACACAUCCAUAUUUCUUAGAUGCUUUAACCCUUCUGCUACACCUAGUUGUCUUUACUUUCACCACUUUCCCUUCUUCCCACCCCAGGCGCACGCACUCUAACCCCCCCUACCCUUCUACAGGAAGUUCGUACAAUGCUCCUGUGGAUGGACCUUUCUUCUUCUGUCUGGAUUCGUGUUGUUGGUUUCCUUGGUUCCCACUGGUCGUCCAUUCCUCUCCCUUCUGCACCUCACAAGGCUCGGAGUUGGUACAGCUCUUUGCAAAGUGGUCCCUUACCUCUUUCAACUUCUGGAGGAUCUAACAGGCUCCUGUCAGCAACCAUUGCCACCAGGUACACUACUCCAUCAUCGUCUGGAAGACAGGUACAGCUGUCUUUUGGAAGGAUACCAGUGGGAGGGUUAUCAUAUAUCUCCCAAAACCUUCUCCCUCACUAUAUGCAGUCUCUCUAUGGCUGAGGAGUUAGCUGUAUUUGUACGUUACCUGAGGAGAGGUUACCCAGCUGAUACUGCUUUGCGUCUGGUCUUCCUAUUGAACGCCAGCCUACUAGGGCUGUACAAUCUACUUCUAAUCUGCACUGCACUUUAUGCAUCGAGCUACACUCAGAAUGUGGUGGGAGCAGCAACUGGUACCUUUUGUUGGUACAUCACAUAUCGCGGCUGGUACCGCACAUACUACUCACCUGGACCACCUGGAUAUGGAAUGUUUCCCAGAAAGGCGAUUGGGCCUCGAAACAAGAUGGAAUGA